AUGUCGUCGGCCGACGCAGCCGACUAUGGCUUCAAGCGCUUCCGCGUCGCGCGCGCAUGCGUCGUGUGCCGCCUGCGCAAGACCAAGUGCAACGGCGAACAACCGUGCGAUCGAUGCAAGGCGCACUCGGCCGAAUGCAAGUACGACAUGAUCGAGACGCCCGUGCCCAAACGCAUCAGCCGCACCGGCUCCACAUCCUCCAUCCCAACCACCGCCCACGAGCCUCCAAGCGAUGAUGGCUCGCCCGCAGACGCCGCUGCAGAAGCACGUGCUGCAAAGCGACAAAAGCGAGCCAUGAUCGAUCAGAUCGCAGACAGGCGUUGGGGAGACCGCCAACCGUCGCGGUCCAACUCGGCACUGCGCAAAUCAGGAUACGUUUUACACCACCUCGAACUGUACGCCUCCAUCGACCAGGACGAACCCACAGAACCGGACAUGGAGCUUCAUACUGAAGACGGCAUUCGUGCCCACGAUCAGAAUACGGGCAAUAUGCAGUUCUACGGCUUCACCUCAAACUUCAACUUUCAGCACCGACUUGCUCAGACCAUCGAGGCGCUGCGUCUGCGCGAACAGCACCAACACGGCGUCCACUCGCGAUCGGCAUCGAGUGCAACUGCCGACCCAGCGGCGGAUAAGGCGAGGAGGUCGUCGCAGCUACCAGAGAGCAUGAAGAUCUGGGGCCACCAGGACCUCAUCUUCCGACAGAGCCUGUCGGAGAAGAGCUUCCCCACGCUGGAUGGAUCGAAAGACGCCGUGGGCGACUCGACGUUCCUGCCGCCCUCGAUCGUGGAUCGCUUCAUCGAAAACUACAUGACGCUCAUCCAGCCGCAGCUGGGCGCGGUGCCCAAGCGCCAGAUCCUCAAGUGGGUCAAGGACGCAAAGGCGCAGGGCUACCUCUCGCGCGGCUUCCUCGGCGUGCCCUCCAUGGCAGCUUCAGGACCAGGAUCGCGGCUACAUCUGCCGCAAACCACGCCGGGACAGUCGCCGCCCAUGCGAACGAACGAGCUGGCGGCGCUGUAUGUCGUGCUGGCGCUGGGGGCGAUGAUGGAUGAGGGGGAUUGGGUGGAUGUGCAUGCGCCCGUGCCGAUGACGCGCGAGGGCGCCAUCGCGUGCGCCACUACGCUCUUCCUGCUCGCAAAGAAGCGCCUCGAGGAGAUUGUGGAGAAUUCGAGCAUUCAGAGCGCACGAUGCCUGCUGCUCAUGAGCUUCUUCUCGCUCCAGUGGUCGAGUCCCAACGUGGCCUACUUAUACAUCGGAUAUGCUGCACGAAUGUGCAUCUCGAUCGGCCUGCAUCGCGAGACGUUCUACUCGCCCAGCAAUCCGCGCAGUGCCGAACACCGCCAGCUGUGGUGGACGUGCUACGGCAUCGAACGCAUGAUUUCCACGUGGUUCGGUCAGGCAUCUGCCAUCCGCGAUGACGACGUCUCGGCACGUCUUCCCCAACCGGACAACUCGUACGACGCCUAUCUUCUAGUGUAUGCGCAGAUUGCACGGGUAUGUGCAGACAUGUCCAAAUUGUCGGCGAAUCCACCGGCGAACGCGCACGAUGUGCUGCUCGCAUCGGAACGGAUGGAGGCUGAGCUGCUGCGCAUCCGGCGCGAUGCACCUGCCGAACUCGGCGUGGGAUUGCGCGACGGCUUUGCGCGCGACGCCGACGACGACUCGGACUCGUCCGACCUCGUAGUACGUCGCUACUCGGUCACGACGCUGUGGUGGUAUCUGCGUCUGCUCAUCCACAGCCCGCUGGUGAUCUUUGCGCUCUACUGUCGAUCCAUAGGUACCGACAUUCCGCGCAGCGUGCUCGAUAAGACGCACAACGCCGCGCGUGCAGGCCAGCAGAUCAUCGACGCCAUCUCCAACGCACGAUCCGAUGUCCCCCGCCCCGGCCUGGAUAAUAUGCGCUUCGGAAGCUUCUACCUCGACUCGGCAUGCACCAUCGUUCUUGCGGCGAUCUUGUGCGAUCCGAGCAACCAGGAGGUGGCGUUUGGUUAUUUGGCUGCGAUUGAUAGGGCCAUCAAGUAUCUCGAAAAGAAGGAGCGGAUUUAUGCGGAUCAUGGCACCACGGCGUCGCUGCACAAGGCGAGGGACUUGGUCGUGCUUGCGCGUCAGGUCGUGCGUGCCGCAGCGGGACAGACCGCCUCGUCGCGCGUUAGUGAUCACAGCGCCGCGCGGAAUCGAUCGGCUGCACACGCGGGUGCUGCCAAUGGUCACGCAGCAGGUACAGCUUCAACCAGCGGUGGUGCGGCGACAAACGGCGCGUCUGGAGAUCUGGCAGGUCGCGUAUCCCAGGUAGGCAAUGGCCGGCUUGCGUCCACGUUUUCUACGAGUUCGGAGCGUGGUACCGCCUCGGAUCAGGAUGGCGGACAGGACGAGUACGAUCGUGCGCAAGCAGCGACACCGCGCGCCCCAGGCAGCAGUAUGGCAGGAGAAAACAGCUCGACCGAUCUGCUCGGCGGUACCUCCUCAUCUAGCGCAUACCGCACGCAUGCAACAUCAACUGGCAUCACACCGGCACCGGAAGCUACACCCACCCCCGACGCAGGCAAGAACUUUGCACACGAGCGCGACGAGUGGAUGUCGUACUUCAUGUCGAACUUCGACUGGCUCGAGCCGCUCAAUGCGUCGGCCGGUCCCGCGCAGGCGGGUGUGGCUGCCAAUGGCGAUGCUGGCGCGAUGGGGAUGUCGCCACCAUCUCAUGUGCCGGGGUCGUUCGCAGCAGGCGCAGGCAGUGGAUACGGCAAGGAAUAUGCGGGCAUGUCGAUGGGGAGGAUGGGUACGGCUGGGUCACCGGCGAUGAGCUCGCCGGGAAGCGCGUCCGGGCCGGCAUCGCUGAGCGAGCUCGACAUAGGACUGCUCAUGGGCGGCGUGAGCGUGAUGGAGUCGAUCCCUGGCGCCAAUCCUCCAUUGGCUCCCGAAAGCGUCGCAACCACGGCAGCCGCUGAUUCUUUCGAUGCAUAG